UCCUGUUUGCACACCGAACAGUGUUAACAUUAUGUGGCACCCUAUGACAUCCCUGAAAGGAUCUAAAGGCACCCCUGAGUCCCAUAGAACCCUGUCUGAGAAUCACUGUCCUAGAUCAAGAUCACAGAAAUUUCUGUCAAAAUCUGGAUCAAAAUCCAGGUUUCCUGAGUUUUCGUGAUUUAUGUUACCAAACUCAGGAUCCAUGCACCUAAAAUUUUGGACUAUUAGUUUUUCAUUAGUUUGCUAGUACUACUUGAUCUGGAUACCAAAGUUGCCAAGUUUAAAAGAAACCAUAACAAAAUGUGCAAGUUGAGAUGAUAAUUUCAAGGAGGCUUACAGAGGGUUAAUAAGUAUUUAAAAGAGGAGAAGGAAUCAUUAAGAACAUUCUAACUGCAGUAAAUAAGAAACACAUUAAAUAGAGAUUAUAGGGAAAUAAUUUCUGCAAUUUUGUUUCAGCUCAGUGGGCAUUUAUUCAAGAAAAGCUGGCAUUAAUGAACAACUCAACAUGUCGUCUUCAACCAUCAUCUGCUUCUUUAGUAGCUCUGCCAAUCAUCUACUCUUUCCUAUUUACUUCAGGCAGCUUUGCAAACAUUUUCUCUGCAUGGGUGUUUUCGAGGUAUGCAUCUCCAAAAAGAACACAGCACAUCUACUUGAUAAAUCUCAUCACUGCAAAUUUACUUAUGUGCAGUAUUAUGCCUUUUAUGGCUGCCUAUUUUGCAAGAGGAUAUCAGUGGAAGUAUAAAUCUGGACUAUGUAUAAUAGCAAGUGAUUUUGGAACUCUGGUUAUACAUGUCAGCAUGUAUGUCAGCAUUACAAGUUUAUGUUGGACAGCCGUAAAUCAGUAUGCAACUCUGAUGAAACAUAAUGACCACACACAGUAUUCACAGCCCAUUAAUGAAAGCACCUUUUAUUGGCAAACACUGAAAAAGUUUCGUCAGCCAAAAUUUGCCAAGCACUUGUGCAUCAGCAUAUGGCUUACUGCAUUAUGUGUAACUAUACCAGUUAUAGUGUAUAUUUCCAACUCAGGAACAGAUCAAGAAGAUAUAUGCUAUAACAUGAUUGUGGAAUAUGGAGAAGGUACUACACAGACUGUAGUUCUCAUUGCUACCACAUGUUUUUUUUUAUUAUUUAUAGCAGUGUUGUUAUUAUACUAUUCCCUUGUCAAUCAUCUGAGUAAGAUACAAAAAAAUACUUGCAUUGAAAAGAAGCAUCUAAUUCACAGGACAGUCAAAAGAAACAUUUUGAUCAUCCAGAUUAUAUUAGCUGUCUGUUUUCUUCCAUACCAUAUUUUUAGGCCAGUUUUCUAUCUACUGCAUAGUUCAGAAGACUGCCAGAGGUUGAACUCAUUAAUAGAAACAAAAAAUUUCCUUACUUGUCUUGCUGUUGCAAAAAGUAGUUUAGAUCCUAUAGUAAGCCUUCUGUUAGAUAAAACAUUUAAGACAACUCUCUAUAAUCUCUUUAGAAAAACUAGCCCACAACUUCAGAGACAUUCAGGUGAUAAUUACCUUGAAGAUACCACUCCAAUGUGAAAGAA